AUGCCCAAGUUCGAUGACGAGUUUGAGCGUCCUCAUUUAACAUUAGAGCUAUUCGACGAAACCAUGUUAGCUCUAGCUUGUGUGCAUGCGCCUAUGGUUGUGAUCUGGGUGAUGAAAGAGUAUGGAGUGGAUGAGUCGUGGCAUGUGAUAUUCUUCAUACUCUACACACAAGGGCCCAUGUGGCCUCUUGCACUCUCCAAGGACGGUGAAGUCGAGCACGGCGAACCGACGAUGGGAAAAUCCCGAGUCGACAACCUCGAAAUCGGAUCGAAUUCCAAUGCAGAUCUGGACUCCCCUUCGGCCCACAAGCUGCAGCCCGACCCGAUGACCCUCUAA